AUGAGUGAAAUUUAUAAGACACUAUGGGCAAUCUAUCUCGUUGGAUGUCUUGCAGGCAUUUCCAACGGGCAGUUGAUGUGUUUCCAUUGUGACGAUUGUGAUACAGCGCUAGUGGAGGUUGUGCAAUGUGGACCAAAUCGGCCAAUGAUACCGUUCCCUGAAGAUUCAACGACAACAACUGUGGUGCCUGAAACUACGACCUUGAUGCCACCGUCGAUACCUACCAUUGAGCCUGAAACAACUACCCAGUGGCCACCAAGUGUACCAACAGUUGAGCCCGAGACAACAACGAUCACUCCACCGACUCUUCCUACUGUUGAACCUGAUACAACUACGAUCACUCCACCGACUCUUCCUACCGUUGAACCCGAGACAACAACGAUCACUCCACCGACUCUUCCUACCGUUGAACCCGAGACAACGACGAUCACUCCACCGACUCUUCCUACCGUUGAACCCGAGACAACAACGAUCACUCCACCGACUCUUCCUACUGUUGAACCUGAUACAACUACGAUCACUCCACCGACUCUUCCUACCGUUGAACCCGAAACAACAACGAUCACUCCACCGACUCUUCCUACCGUUGAACCCGAGACAACUACGAUCACUCCACCGACUCUUCCUACCGUUGAACCCGAGACAACAACGAUCACUCCACCGACUCUUCCUACCGUUGAACCUGAAACAACCACACUGGGCACGCCUAUCUUAACCCCUCCGACGCAUCCCACUUUUUCACCUCCACCACCCGGAUUAAGUACUACAGGAUCACCAAUCCUAACACCACCGACACAUCCAACGCUAGUUCCAGGCGCACCGUUUGCGUUUGGAAUUACCGUACCGGUUCCACCCAACACGACACAAUACGCUUGUCUGUCUGUGAGACGAACUGAUGUCAACAACCGAUCGAUCACCACUAAAGGCUGUGCACAACUAAUGGCGAGUGUGCCCCAGACGUGUUCUUCCGUCACGAACGGCGGUCAUACCAGCUGUACGGUGUGCUUGGGAUCACUGUGCAAUGCGUUCAACUAA